UUUUUUUUUUUUUUUUCCCCCUCUCCCCUCCCCAUUUUCAGUCUUGUUCUGGAUUUUUUCAUUUGGGGAGGGCAGAAUUCAAAUAUUUCUGCAUUUGUGCCCAUUCUUGGCCAGCAUCAGACAUCCAAGCUGAAAACAGAUGGAUGGAGAUGUUGCUGCCAUUACAGCUCCUUUUCUCAUUCCCCUUGGUCCAUUUGGAACUGAACGCAUGUCCCCAGGCCCGCCACCUCCUCCUCCGCCACCCCCCCUGCCACCAUUACUUCCUCCACCUCCUCCUCCACCACCUCCUCCUGCCCCGGGCUGUGGCCCAAUCUCCCGCACUCCCCUGAGACGUUCCCGGAUGCGCAACUUCAAUUGGGAGGCCAUCCCUCGGCAGAGUGUGUUGGGCAAGCGCAACAUCUGGACUGUGGAAAAGCCACUGGAGGGUUUUGAGCUAGACACCAGGCGGAUGGAGGAGCUCUUCAGCAAUGCAGAACAGGGCCAGAAGCAGGAGCGAACCAUGGCUCGAAGGAGCAUCCGAGGGCUUCCAGCUCAAGCACAGGCCGCUGAGGUGGUGUCCAUUCUUGGCUCGAAGAGAAGUAUGAAUAUUGGGAUUUUCCUGAAGCAGUUCAAGCGGCCAGUGUCUGAGAUGGUGGAGGACAUCAAGCAGGGGAACAGACAAAAAUUCAGUGUGGAGAAGCUGAAGGAGCUGUGUAAACUCCUGCCUGAGGAGGGAGAGGUGAAAAAUCUGUGUGAGUUCAAUGGGGACUUGUCCUCACUCCCAGAGGCUGACCAAUUCAUGGUACUCUUAGUGAAGGUUCCCAGUUAUGAAGAACGACUCAGGACUUUGGUUCUCCAAGAAGAGUUUUUCCCCUUAAUGGAGGAAAUGGACCAAUCUAUCACCACCAUGUCUGCUGCUGCUCAAGAGCUUCUUGCCUGUGAGGACCUUCACUCAGUUAUUCGCUUGGUGCUGAAGACUGGGAACUACAUGAAUGCUGGUGGCUAUGCUGGUGGUGCCAUUGGCUUCAGAAUGACUUCUCUCCUUAAGCUGGCAGACACCAAAGCCAACAAACCUGGCAUGAACCUCAUGCAUUAUGUGGCAAUGGAAGCACAAAAAAUUAAUGCCAGCCUACUUGAGUUUCCCAGUAAACUUCCACACAUCAAUGCUGCUGUAAGGAUUCAUAAACUGGAUGUACAGGCAGAGCUCCAGAAAGAAAAGAAAAAACUUGAGGAGGCAAAAGUGGUGUCUAGGAAACAGCCAGAUCUCCAGGAACAGAUGGAGUCCUUUCUGGAGAGGGCAGAUUCACGGCUGGCUGAGAUUGAGUCCUCCCUCCAAAACCUCGAUUCAGCGAUCUCGUCUUUGGCAGAGUACUUCUGUGAGGACCCCGCUCAGUUCAAGCUGGAAGAGUGCUGCUACAUCUUCCACUCAUUCUGCGGGAAGUUCCUACGGGCUAUCCAGGAGAACGCAGAACGAGAGGUGGCAGAGGUGAAACGGAGGCAACGAGAACGUCAGAGCUUCACGGCAAAACGCCGAUCCACCGCCACCUGCUCAACUCGCGAUAAAGAUGUAGACAGUGUAGCACUGGAAUCCAUUCUACAGAAAUUUACUGCUGGCCGUGGUUCACGAAGGAAAAUGGUCACUCCUUCACCCAGCAGCAGCAGUUUAACAGAAAUCCGUCCCAAGGGGCAGUCUCCUGAAGGGGAUGAGGAAUCAACGAGCAGGGAGAAAACCCCAAAGAACCCAUCUAAGUCCCUGGAACUCCUGAAAAAUGAGAAGAAUUCCAAUGUAGACCUAAAUGUGAACUCUCAGCAGGAGGCAAAACCACACUUUGAAGAGGUAUCCCAAGUCCCUAAUGAGGAGAAAAAAGAGUUCAGGAAGCCAGAAAACAUAAUGGUUGGGGUGGUUCUGUCCCCUAGUAGGGUAGACCGGACGGGUCAUUUAUGGUUUUCCAAUGAGAGCAGGCCCUUCCUUAGAAGGUCACCCUCUGUCUUGUCAGAGGAAGAGGAAGGGGAUGAGGAAGAGGAAGCACAGAAGCUCCGCGAAGUGUCCCGUAGAGUCCUGCGUUACCAGAGUCGAGGAAGCCAGUCGUCUGGGGAUUACAAUCUGGAUGCCCCACAGUCACCCAGAAAUAAAUGCCUAUCCCCUCAGCGCCGGGACUUUGCAGAGGAAAAACUCGAUGCGUUAGCAGAGCAGUUAAGUCACAGAGCCUCCAAGGAUGUGUUCAGCCCUCACCUUGGAUCCAGGAAUACAACCAACAGCCUAUCUCGACGUCACACUUUUUCCAUCCCUGCAACAGAUUUGUCACACAGUGAUGGUGAGGACAGAGUGUUGGUCCCUUCCACAGUUCCAACUCGGGUUCCAGUCCCACUUGGCUGUCUGGGGAAAGGAAAAUCUCUGGACAGUAGUCAGCUGCCUACCAAGCUGGAGAAGAUUCAGAACCAAGGGCAGAAGCCACAGCUUGUGCUCUCUGACUCUCUCAAGCAGAAAAACCAGUCCCGUCAACUGUUGAAUGUAACCAACCAUACAGGCCCCCAGAAUGAGAACUGUCCCACAUCAGCGCUGGCCCAGCAGUCUGAUAAACCGCAGACUGAGUUGGAACAGAAGAGUGGAGCAAAGGAACCUGCUCUUGCCAUCCAGCAGGGGAACACACAGCAAGAAGCUCAAAAUGCUUCACAGAAACCUUCUAAGCCCAUGGAGAAGUCCAAGGUGGAUAUACAGGAAAACAAAAUCUUCGCUUCCUUUUCAUUGUUCUUCAAGCGCUUUAGUGAGAAGAGCAAAUCCAAGGAUCCUGUGGGCAAUCUGUCUAAAUAGACAGAUGUUUGUAUAAAUUUUUACCUCUUCAUUUGCAGAAGUCAAAACAUGGCUCAGCAUAAAAAAGGUUAUCAAUCAGCAGCAUUUUGGUAAAGUUUUAUAGCUGAACUUCCCCUCGAACCACAAGUUGACAAUUAUAUUGUCGUUGGAAAGGAAUAGAUUUUUAGUGGGAAAAACUGUAACAUAGGAACUAUUUAAGACUGUAUUUUUAAUACUAGUGAACAUUUUCAAAAAAUGUCAUGAAUAAAAUGUUUUUUUUUUUUUUACCAAAACCCAUUUGGUAUAAUGUUUUUGUGCACAUUUAAGUGUGAGAAAAGAAGCUCUUGCCUUUUUCUCCUUUGAAUAAGAGCAGGAAACUGGAACCAAGUGGUGUACCUGCUUCUACCGGUACAAAUUCUUGAGCUGCUACAAUGGCAUUAGUGAGCAUGCAGGCCUCUGUGCUGGAAAUAAAGAUGGGGAAAGCAUUGAAGGGUAACCCCAUUACUUAGUUUCAACAUACAUAAAUCCCCUGUAGUCUGAAUUCCUUAUUUUGUAUGUCUAGGGUUCAAGAAACAUUCAGCCUGUGUGAGGCUGUGCAGCAACUUGGAAUGGUAGCAAGCACCUGUGCGAGAUGCACUGCCUGAUGGGUAGUGUGUAUCCCCGCUAAGGUUUGUGCUGCCUUUCAAGGCAUGUACACAGGAAGGUGGUACACUGAGUAGUGUUGCUGUAUAACAGCACCUAGGUGGUGCGAGAGGAUGCGAGUUUGAUCCUUGCCCACUCUGGAGUUUGCAUGUUCUCCCCAUGCAUGUGUGGGUUUCCACCGGGUGCUCUAGUUUCCUCCCAGAGGCCACAGACAGACUUUGGGUGGAAUGGUGACUAAAAUCACCAAGUGUGUGUGUGUGUGUGUGUGUGUGUGUGUGUGUGUGUGUGAGAGACAGAGACGAGAGGUGCGGGGCUAUUGAGAGCAUCCUGGGCAGCUGCAUUACUGCCUGGUUUGGAAAUUGUAGCGUUUUGGGCUGCAAGACCCUUCAGCGGAUAGGACAGCUGAGAAGAUCAUUGGGGUCUCUUCCAUCCAUCAUAGAUGUUUAUGCUGCAUCUGCAAAGCCACCAGCAUUGCGGAUGACCCCACGCACCCCUCACACAAACCCUUGAC